GGGCAAUGGUGCACGAGGGUUCCUCUAAUUUGUUUUGGGACCGUGGAGUGGCACUUGCCGGAUCGAUGCCUCCGUCAGUUUGGUCGGGAGCAGUGCAUUCCGUUGGAGGUCCCCGCAAGUCAAAGGGCCUUCCAUGGCCGAGAUGGUCGGCAAGGUACUCGCGAUUGGCCGACGAAGUUGCAGGAAUUCAUCGCGAUUUGGGAGAACCGACAACUACAGGAUAUUGUCACCCCAAAUCAAGUGGGCCGAAUGGGGUAUCAUGACCCGUACUUGGAUCGAUAUCGGCAAACAUCGGUUCGUUACAUGACUCCGGAGGGUGCGGCCGAUGGUGCAUUAGUUGAUGGAGUCGAGCGGAUUAAAGAUAUUACUACCGGAAGAAAUGAGUUGGGCAAUGAAGAUGUGGGCUACAUCAGGAGGAUUGCAAACGGUCUACUUGGCUGUAUCAGAGCUCAGCGCCGAGAUCAUCGUAGAUAUCCACCUCGUGCCGCACCCCCAACACCUGAGGUACAACGUGAUGUCCCCGCACCCCCACCACCCUACGAGAGAAAGCAGCCGAAGAGGGAUCGGGAAAGGCCCAUCGAGCCCGAGGUACAACCAUUUGGGGGGUGGAGUGUGCCGCCCCCAUUGGUUGUCACCCAAGGUGCCGGACCAAGUUCAACCCAAGGUGCCGGACCGAGUUCCACCCAAGCUCCCCGCCCGUCCUCCGCCCCAUCUCCCCGCCCGACUUGGUCACAAGAUGCCGGCCACAACGAUCAAUGGCAGAGCUCAUACUACGAUCCCCGCUCGACCUACCAUCAAUCCUCUCAGAGUUUCCACCAAGCCCCAUUAUCUCCCACCCCGCUCUCAUACAACGAUCCCCGCGGAGCAUACUUCGAUCCCCGCGGAGCAUACUUUGAUUCCCGGCUAUCUCCCCGCCAAACAUCAUCUGGGACUUUUCAUGAUGGCUCCUCCACCACAGGCCAACACGAGUUCACCCCAUGGAAUCGACCUCCUCAUCAGCAGUGGCCUCCCACUCCUCACCGUAUGAGCGCCGAUGUCGCCCGCUCGACCCCGGAAGUGCCGAUUCCCCGCCGACAUAGCACCGACGAGCGCCACACUACCUCGGCCGCUCCCCGCUUGCCACCUCCACCACCCAUUGUUACUCCCGUCGGCAAGCGUACAAGGAGCAAGAAAACUGUGGGUUCCGCAUCCGCUCGUGGACUUCCUUGAUAUGUAUUUUGAGUUGAUUUUUAUCUCUAUGUACUUUGAACUAUUCCCUUUAAUUCCAU